GUCAGUAGUUGGACAGUAUAUACACAUCAACGAAAUAAUAAUAUAAAUCAUCUUUUAAAUAUUUUCUGAAUCAACAAAUUGUGUUGGUAAUAUAUCUCUCCAAUAAAAUGGUUAUUAAAAAUCUACUGAUGAUUCCAGCCAGCUCAGUAGCUGGUAUAUUUAUGCUCAUUGUAGCAUGUAGUCUUGUGAUACCUGGCUCAACUGAGAAGAAUUCAAAAAUAAUUUCAACUAGUGCACAAAGUAUAUUGCCUAAAUUGACAAAUGAUAAUGGUGCAGUUGAUUUAUCGAAUGUAGCUGAAAGUCAGAUUGACCUGAAAGCUCAUACGACUGUAUCAUCGAUAUCAGACAAAUAUUUUUCGGACCUGAAAGGUCAUCUAAGUGUACCACUCGAAUUAGAGCUUGAAAAUUAUAAUAAUGACCUUGAAACUCAUUUGAUUCAUGAACAAAAUGAUAAAAAUGAUUUGGUCACUGGAUUAUCGUUAAGAAUUAUGGAACUUGAUUCAAAAUUGAAACAACAAAAAGAAAAUUACAAAACUUUGUUAGAUACAAAAACUUUGCGUGACAAUAAAUUAUCGCAACGCAAUGAUACAUGUAAACAAAUCAGCUGUCAAGAUAAAAAACAAGAGCAAAAGACAGUUAUAGUUGAUGAUUCAAGGAAACGAUUUGAUGAUAUUGCUUCAACGUCUAACAGUCAAUUUUCUAAUAGAUACUUUUGUAACAAAAAAAUAUCUUAUUAUAAUUGGACUAUUUGUGCAUUUUUCAGUGAAAAUCUACAUAGUUAUGAAAUUAAUAUGAAACAUAUAAAUUUGCCUGUUCUUCCAAAAAAUAUAUUUACUGGUUUUGAUAAUCUUAGAGAGCUUUAUUUGUCGCACAACCGACUAUAUCGGCUUGAGUCGGGUACAUUUAAUAAUUUAUCAAAACUUACUAGUCUUUAUAUUAAAAAUAACAAUAUAACAGAAUUACCGAGCGAUAUAUUCAAUGGCCUUAAACAACUCAGAUUUUUAAUUUUAUCAUCGAAUAAACUAAAUUCCCUUGAACCAGGUACAUUUAAUAAUUUAUCAAAACUUGUAUUUCUUCAUAUUGAAAACAACAAUCUAACAGCGUUAUCAAGCAAUGUAUUUAACGGUCUUGACAAACUCGAAGAUUUAAAUCUAUCAUGGAAUAAACUAAAUUCCCUUGAACCAGGUACUUUUAAUAAUUUAUCAAAUCUCGAAUAUCUUUUGAUAAACAAUAAUCAUUUAACAUCAUUACCAGAAGGUAUAUUCACUGGCCUUGAAAAUCUUAGAGGCCUCAGAUUGUCGGACAACCGAAUAAGUUAUCUUGGUUCAGAUCAUUUUAAUAAUUUACCAGCACUUACUAUACUUGAUGUUCGGGGAAAUAAUUUAACAACAGAUUCAAUAAAUAUAUUGAAGAAUAUAUAUAAUAAUAAUAAUAAUAUUCGAAAUUUUUAUUUGUGGUUAUACCAUCUAUAAAGAUCUAUCAAA